AUGGAGACUGAACUAGUUAUUUCCAAAUAUAGAGACUGAACUAGUUAAUCCAACCAUAGUGACUGAACAAGUUCCUCCAACCAUACAAACUGAACUAGUUAAUCCAACCAUACACACUAAACUAGUUAUUCCAGCUAUAGAGACUGAACUAGUUAUUCCAACCAUAGAGACCUAACUAAUUAAUCCAUCUGUAGUGACUAAAGUAUUAUUUCAACAAUAGACACUGAACUAGUUAUUCCAGCUAUUGAUAUGUAACUAGUUAUACCACCCAUAGAGACCGAACUAGUUUUUCCAACCAUAGAGACUGAACUACUUAUUCCAAACAUAGGGUGGCACACAAUUGGCCCAGCGUCGUCCAGGUUUGGCCGGUGUAGGCCGGCAUUGGAAAUAAUAAUUUGUUCUUAACUGACUUGCCUAGUUAAAUAAAGGUAAAAUAAAAAUAAAAUAAAAAAAUAGACUGAACUACUUCCUGCAACCAAAGAGACUGAGCUAGUUAUACCUACUAUAGAGACUGAGCUAGUUAUUCCAACUAUAGAGACUGAGCUAGUUAUUCCAACUAUAGAGACUGAGCUAGUUAUUCCAACUAUAGAGACGGAACUAGUUAUUCCAACUAUAGAGACUGAGCUAGUUAUUCCAACUAUAGAGACUGAGCUAGUUAUUCCAACUAUAGAGACUGAGCUAGUUAUUCCAACUAUAGAGACGGAACUUAUUCCUCCAAUCAUACAGACUGAACUGAUUAUUCCAACCAUAGAGAUUUAACUAAUUAUUCCAGACAUAGAGACUGAGAUAGUUAUUCCAGCUAUACAGACUGAACUAGUUAUUCCAAGUAUAGAGACUGAACUAUUAUUACAACCGUAGAGACUGAAACAUUUAUUGCAACCAUAGAGACUGAACUAGUUAUUCCAACAAUAUACACUGAACUAGUUCCUUAAACAACAGAGACUGAAGUAGUUAUUACAACCAUAGAGACUGAACUUAUUUUUCAAGCUAUAGUGACUGAACUACUUAUUCCAUCCAUAGCAAUUGAACUAGUUAUUCCAAACAGAGACUGAACUAGUUAUUCCAACAAUAGACAAAUAAUUAGUUCAUCCUACAAUAGAGACUGAACAAGUCAUUCACAGCAAAGAAACUGAAUUAGUUAUUCCAGCUUUAGACUGAACUAAAUAUUCCAGCCAUAGAGUCUGAGCUAGUUAUUCCAUUAUACAGACUAAACUACUUAUUUUAUCCAUGGAGACUUAACUAGUUAUUCCAGCUAUAUAGACUGAACUACAUAUUCCAACAAUAGAGCCUGAUUUAGUUAUUCCAAACUUAUACUGAACUAUUUCUUCCAACCAUAUAGACUGAACUAUUUCUUCCAACCAUAUAGACUGAACUAUUUAUUCCAAUCAUAUAGACUGAACUAUUUAUUCCAACCAUAUAGACUGAACUAUUUCUUCCAACCAUAUAGACUGAACUAUUUCUUCCAACCAUAUAGACUGAACUAUUUCUUCCAACCAUAUAGACUGAACUAGUUCCUCCAACCAAAGAGACUGAACUAGUUAUUCCAACCAUAGAGACUGAACUAGUUAUUCCAGUUAAAGAGACUGAACUAAUUAUUGCAACCAUAGAGACUGAACUAGUUUUUCCAGCUAUAGUGACUGAAUUACUUUUUUCCAACCAUAGCACUUUAACUACUUAUUCCAACCAUAUGGACUGAAAUCAUUUGUCCAGCCAUACAGACUGAUCUAGUUAUUCCAGCCAUACAUACUGAUCUAGUUAUUCCAACAAUAGAGCCUGAUUUAGUUAUUCCAAACUUAUACUGAACUAAUUCUUCCAACCAUAUAGACUGAACUAGUUCCUCCAACCAUAGAAACUGAACUAGUUAUUCCAGUUAAAUAGACUGAACUAGUUCCUCCAGCUAUAGAGACUGAACUAGUUCCUCCAGCUAUAGAGACUGAACUAGUUCCUCCAGCUAUAGAGACUGAACUAGUUCCUCCAGCUAUAGAGACUGAACUAGUUCCUCCAGCUAUAGAGACUGAACUAGUUCCUCCAGCUAUAGAGACUGAACUAGUUCAUCCAGCUAUAGAGACUGAACUAGUUCCUCCAGCUAUAGAGACUGAACUAGUUCCUCCAACCAUAGAAACUGAACUAGUUAUUCCAGUUAAAGAGACUGAACUAGUUAUUGCAACCAGAGACUGA